AGCACGUCUGAUGGUGUUGGAGGGAAGCAGAAACUCUCUCUGGUCUCUGCUGGAGGAAUGAAAGCGGAUCUGACUCAAAGACUCAAAACUCUGCAUUUCCAAUAGGAUGCAGAUCCAGCUGCAGAGUUCAGUCAGACUGCAGGAUUAACAAGCCGAACCAGCUGAUCUUCAGCCCAGUCACCGCCGUCCCCGUCUCAGACCCUUCCUGCUGAACACAAUGAGCUCCACAGAGAGUCUCCAGAGCUCCAGCUCGCUGUGGAGCAACCGCUCAGUGUGGAGCAACCGCUCGUGCCCGCUGGAGGAGGAGGCGCUGCGGCUCCCGCUGGCGGUGCUGUACUCCCUCAUCUUCCUGUUCGGGCUGCUGGGAAACCUGCUGGCGCUGUGGGUCUUCCUGUUCCUGCACCGGCGCAGAAACUCCGUCCGCGUGUUCCUGAUCAACGUGGCGCUGGCGGACCUGGUGCUGCUGGCCUGUCUGCCGUUCCGGGUGCUGUACCACGCCCGGGGCAACGUGUGGACGCUGGGGCCGCGCAUGUGCAGGGUGGUGGGAAACCUCUUCUACAUGAACAUGUACGUCAGCAUCACGCUGCUGGGCCUCAUCAGCCUGGACCGAUACCUGAAGAUCAUGGGCUCCCACAGGGGCCGGCGCUGGCUCCGGGGCCACAGCUGGAGCCUGGUGACCUGCGGGCUGCUGUGGGGUCUGUCGAUGCUGAUGGCGGUGCCCAUGAUGGCGCUGGCGGAGGGGAACGAGGAGCCGGGGAAGUGUUACCAGUAUAAGCAGAGGAAGCACGCGCGCGGGAAGGCCUACUUUAACCUGCUGAUGGUGGCCGUGUUCUGGCUGGUGUUCGUGGUGCUGUUAGUGUCAUACGGACAGAUCGCUCGCCGUCUGCUGCGCGCCUCGCAGGAUAAACCAAACCUCCCCAACGCCGCCCGCUACGCCCGCACCGCUAGGAAAUCGUUCGUGGUUCCGCUGCUGUUCACGGUGUGUUUCGUCCCCUAUCACGCCUUCAGAGGGUUCUACGUGGCGUCUCAGUUGCAGGACAUCAGCUGUGAGACGCGGCGGCUCAUGGACCGCACUAAUGAAGCCGUGCUGCUGCUGUCGGCCCUCAACAGCUGCCUGGACCCCGUCAUGUACUUCCUGCUGUCGGGCUCGGUGCGGCGGGCCACCCUGCAGGCGCUCGCUCAGUGUCUGCGUCUGCAUGCGGAGCCGCCGGCCACCAACAGCUCCACCACAGAGCUGCGCAGGACCUCAGUGUCUCACACCUCCACCGCCGCGGUGCUGGACACAUCCAGGUGCUGGACACUGCGGAGUCAACACACCGACCUGCACCCAGAGCCCUGUGCGCACAGAACGGGUCUGACUGACUGAUUCACUGAAAUCAAGAGCGAUUCUCAACAUGUGUUCUGAAGCGGUCUCAUUCAGGGAGACUCCUGAGGUGAUCCAGUUCCAUCUCUGAACCGGUUUAUGAAGUGCUGCACACCUCCUCUAUCAGGCCACAAUGACUCCAGCGAUGUCUAGAGCGAGUUCUGCACUCACGUCGAUAUCAGGAGAGCAUCAGGGUUCUGCCAAGGCCCCUCUGUUCUUCAGUUCUGGAACUGAGCUUUGAUGGCUGAUGAUGAUGUUACUCCAGAACACGAGAUCGCUUCAGAACACACACUGAGAAACAGCUCCGGUCUGCUCACUCCUGGAUGUGCUGGAACGCUUUGUUAGCCUGGGAGAGUGGGUUUCUGAGCGAGUGUGAGGGGUGUGUGGCUGGACAGCGCAGCCGCAGGACACACCGCACAUCGGCUCGCAGGCAUUUCCUCAUGGGCCAGACUCUGCUGACAUUUAUUUAGCCAUUUCUGCACAGAACUGAGUCAGAAUCUUCAUGUGGAUGAAGGAUGUUGAGAAAAAAAUAACUAAAACUUGACAAGAAAUAAAAUUAAUAAAAACGUUUUACUUUUAUUUGAGGUUUGCAGUGUAAAUCCAGCUGAACCACUGGUGUGGAGAUAAUAUAUCCUCUAACAGGCAGAACAUAUUAUUCUACUAAACGUAUCGCACAUAAAUCAAUGCAGAUAUAAACAUCUGCAUAUGACUGAACAAUAUUGCUGAAAUUAAUGAACAUAAAACUGAAUAAAUAUAUCAGGGUAUAUCAGGAGUACUAAAGGUACCUUCAACACCUUUUUAAAGAGCUUCUCAGAAUAGUUCAGAGCUCGUCGCCUCUUCAUGUUCUAAUCAGUA